AUGGAACACUGUCUGCGGACUCGAAAAUUUCCUGGUUUUACCGUUCUUUUUGUAGUUUUCUUUACACUAGUAGCAACAGGAAAGGACCAAGCAGAGAUUGUUCCGUCUGUAUGCUCGGCGCAGAAUCCAGAUUGUUUUUUUCAACGUUUCGAGAACUUCAAGCUACCACGAGUGGAACCAGUAAAGGUACAGUACGAUCCUGGGUAAAUUACCGUCCUUCACAAGAGCUUAAUGGUUUAUUAUGUUCGGCCGCUUGACCCAACAAACGCAUUUGAAAAUAAUUUUGGUCGAUACAAACUGAAAAUUAAGUUCGGAUCAGGUGAAGUACGGCCUUUGGCUCGUAGUUAACAAUAUUCUAACUCAUUACGCGUCUAUGCCCAUAAUUUUUCACGGCUUUAAUUUUCGAUAUCUACUUGUGAACGUUGAAGGUUCUUCAUUUAAUCUGUUGUCUGGACUGAAAGCUCAUCACCACCUGAAUACCUUACAGUUGAUAUCUUGUGGUUUCUGCGAAAUAUAAAGGCGUUAAUUCAACUAUCUUCAUGUGUACAAGGUUGAGUGGUAAAUCAACAUAAGCCUAAAACCGAAGACGUUUUAAAAUUGGUAACUAAAUGCUUUUUGAGAUGUGUUUCAGAGCGGGAUUUCAAAACCAAGUAGAAAGGAUCAAUUAAAUAAGAUUAUUCAAUCCAAUAAUCCCGUCGAUUUUAACCAAAGGAAAGGCUUAUUUUCCUCGUCGUUGUCACGUGUCCAUUUUGAUCGCACUACGCAGGUACCUGGGGCACGUUCCCCCGCUUAUUCCUUAUUUCCAUCAUCCUUGUCACGUGUCUGUUUUGAGCGUACCACGAAGGUGCCACGUUUUGCCCCCUUAUUUCCUCGUCCUUGUCACGUGUUUAUUGUAAGCGCACCACGCAGGUGAAACUUUUUCGCUCAUCAUCUAAUCUCUGUAAGGCGUUUUUAUAUGUAUGUUCCGGAAAGGGAUUAGCCGAUAAAGUAAAAGGAUUUUUCAACAUUCAAGAAAAAGUAGCUUAUUUUUCACACCGGACAAUUAAAAUCCCGAAUCUUGGCUAUAAAAAAACCUGUUUGGGAACCCAUUGCAGCUUAAAUUCAGUCUGUUCAUUGCCUCGAAAGAAAGGUGAUCUCUGCACUUUCGAAGUUAUUAAAUUUAUUAGCGUUCUGAAGAUAACACGUUUCCUUUAAAGGUCGGGCAUAUCCAAAAGAUUAAUUUAACUGAAGGCGUUGAACAUGAGAUGGUUACAGCAGCCACACAGCCACCCAUAUUCGGUAGGUAACUAUCCAACUGUUAUCUCUUACCUACUCUCACGUAAUAGUAGUGGUGGGGGUAAUAGUGGUGGUGGUGGUGGUGGUGGUGGUAUCAGUGGUAGUCGUGGUGACAGUAGUGGUAGCGGUGGUGGUAUAGGUAGUGGUACUAGUUUUUUUAGUAGUAAUGGUAGCGGUGGUGGUGGUAGUAAUGGUAGUGGUAGUAUUGGUAGUGGUAAUAGUAGUGGCAUUUGUGGCUGGUGUUGACGGUAACGGUGAUGGUGAUAGUAGUGGUAGCGGGAGUGGUAAUGGACGUAGGCGUAGCACUUUAUUUUAAAACGUUCUUACGUGUUGACUUAUGUAACUAGAAUUCCUCGACAGAGGGACAAAUACACCAAAGGCUUUCAGACAUAAUGCUUUUGGAUUUUUCAUGUUUCCCCACAGAAAUUCCCAAUUUUCUAUCUGAUGAGGAGUGUGACCAUAUCAUUCAAUUAGCUAAGAAUGGAGGAUUGGAAACAUCACAGACUGUAAAGGAAGGCGAAAAACAUGACACGAUGUCACUUGGUAAAAACACGAAGGAAUAUUUUAAAGUAUGGGACCAAAACCGUGAUGGGCAGAUAGAUAUGGACGAGGUAAAAUAUCUGCAAACAAUGAAUAAUAACUAUAUAGGCCUGAAUACCCACAAAAGCGGCAAUUAUAAAUAAAACACACCAAACAACCAUCUCUUAGGAAAUUUGUAGCGUCUACCUUGCGGAUCGUAAAUCUUGCAUUUCAACAUCUACACUUGCAGAGAUUAUAUUGACUACUAAUCAGUUAAACGUUCCCAUACGCACGAUACCCUUCCCUUAAAAUCAUGUAUAUGUAACAUGUUUUCCCAAGGAUCUCAUCAAUGAAUAUUUCAUUCCUACAGAUGAUUCACAACAUGGAAAUUCUACUGGACUUCUCUCCAGACAAACCCACUCUGUUGAAAAUGUAAGUGCUCGAAGAAAUAACCUCAUAGAACACAUUCGCGUGAAACACGUGACAUGUGCAUGUCAAAGCCAUGGGGAUAAAACACGUGAGAAGUGCAUGUCAGACGUAUGCCUAUCAAACACGUGAGAUGAGCAUGUUAGACACGUGCGAAUCAAAGAGGUGACACAUUGUAUAUGUCAAACAAAUUGUGCAUGUUACAAACUUGCGCGUCAAACACAGCAGUUGAGACAAAAGAGCAAUAAAUCAAUUUCUGAAAUUAAGGGAUUUGUCAGGAUAUUCUAAAAUAACGUCCAAGAGGAAUACUUGCCAAAAAUGAGAGUUUCGAGGCAAAUUGUCACUGGGAUAUUUUAGCCCAGUUAUGCUCUGAUAACUCCGUACAAACCCUUUUAAUUUUUUGGGGGUUGGACCCAAAUAAAUUUCAUAGUUCAAAUCCAAUAAUUUCAGAAAUUUAUUUUUAUGACGUCACACUUGGGAACUCUAUAAACAUAAUAAUCCGCUGCUACGGGUAUGAAUACCUUGGGAAAAUUUGGGUCAUAAGUCUAGACCAUUAACAAUGUUUAUGUUGUAGUUAAUUUUUUAUCUCUGGUAAUUUUUAUUUUUCCUUUGUUUCAACUGCAUUAGCAUACAUUACCAUACCCAAAAACAAAAGACAAAUGAAAAAUUACCUGAGAUAAAAAAUUAACUACAACAUUUACAUUAUCUGUCCUACGGCAGGUACUCAGCUUUAGAACUGGACAAAGACCAAGACGGUAUGUAUGAAAUUGAAUCUUUUUGCCCAUGAGGCUAAGGCCCAGUUCAGACGCCAAACUUCUUAUGAGUUGAACCCGCUAAUUCGAAUUAAGGCCGAUCCAAAUUAUUUAGACCGGCUGAAUUGAUUCAGACGCCGAUCUUAAUUCCAGCCGAACUUAAACAAGGAGAAAAAUGGUCAUUUCGGUCAAACUGCUCACAAAAUACGUUAUAAUAAUUUGUGCAUUAGGUUCGGUACAUGAAAAGUUCGGCGUCUGAAUCAAAGCUGUUCCAAAGUCGAUUGAAAGUGGAAAUUACCGGCCAGGCCAGGGGGGAAGAACGGCUUCCCUAACUGAUUCAGACGCCGAGCUUUUUAUCUACUUAAUUCAAUGUAUUAGGUUGGAAUCAUGAUCAGUUCGGCUUCUGAACCGGGCCUAGUCUUCCCUAUCAAUGGCGUACAAAUGAGCGAACAGCUUGCUUUAUAUCUAGACCUCUAUGUUUGUAGAGAAUAUAAGCUUUGAAGAAUUCAAACAAAGGAAUACCCCAGAGAUCGCCAAGUUUAUACAGAAGAUAAAGGGGGAACAACCACACACAAAAAGUCGCCACAGUCGGCAGACAUGGAUAGAGAAGGUUAAUGGCAGCUUAGACAGUGUCGUCGCUUCCAUACAGGAAAGGUAAGACAUGCGCAGUUCAAAUGUCGAUCUUUCAUGUACCGAACCCAAUCCCUUCAAUUAAGUACAUGAAAAGAUCGACAUUUCUAAUUUAAGUCGAUCCGUGAAUUAAGAUCGAGUAGCUCACAGGGGAAUUUCGACCGCGGAGCGACUUCGUUUCAAACGUCGAAUUUCUCAUGUACCAAACCGUAAGGAAUAACUUACUAAAAUUUACUUUCACGUGUAAGCAUUUUAGACCAUUGAACACCGUGAAAAUGAAUUGAGUCAGACCAAUUAAGAUCGACAUCUAAAUCAACUGUCGAACUUAGAUCACUUGGGUCGACCUAAAUAGGUAUUAAAGUUCGGUACAUGAAAAGAUCGACGUUUGAACUGGGCCUAAGGCUGCGUGCAAACGGACGCAACAACUCCCAACAUUGUUGCGCCAACAAUGUUGGGAGUUGUUGCAUGCGUGUUGGCAGUGGUGUGCAAACGGAUGCAACAACUCCCAACAAUGUUGGCACCUGCAGUGCAUCGUGGGAAGGAUACAACCCAUAAGUCUUUGUAAACUAUGCGUAAUGAUCGUGCGUGGCCACAACAAUGUUGUAAGAGCUGUGCAAACGGAUCCAACAUUGUUGCGCUACGCUUCGGGGAUCACGGAACAAAAAAAAUGUUGGGAGUUGUUAGCUGAAAAGUUUGACCGGUUUCAAACUUUGCACAACAACACGCAACAACAUCCAACAACAUGCAACAGGGUGUGCAAACAGACGCAACAUGUAACAUCCAACAAUGUUGCUGAGAGAGAGGGAGUGUGUGUAAAAUGAGUGAGGAGAGCCGAAAAGAAAUUGAAGUGACAAUUCCCUAGUCCGCACUGAGUAUAAGCUUCUUCCUUUUGGCCCUUGACAGCCAAACGGAAGGGUUUACUCGCAGGCUAACAUAGAGUGAUCUUUUAAAUCGGCCGAACAAGAAUCUCGGAAUAAGUGACAACGGCCCAUAAAUUGAAGAAGAAACAGAAACAAAUAUCUGAAUGAACAUAUCAUGAAUCCCAGCUGGCCGAAGGCAAACCAGUCGGUUCUUUAAAAGUAAGACCGAGGAGAUGGGAACACGGGGCAAACGAGAAAUAAAUCCCGCUAAUGGCCACAUCGAGUAUCUGAAUAUGGGACGACGGAGUUAAAACCCAGCCCUCUAAACUAAUCGGCUGUGCAACCUCCUGCCUUGUCUUCAGGAAUACAGACCUAAGGCAACGUCCUGCUAUUCUUGAGACCCCAUUCACAUUUACACCAAAUACAAUGAAUAGUCAUGAUAUCAGACUGAUACUUUCGUUGUCCUAACAAGAUUAUCUUUGCAGGGUGCACCGACUCACUAUGCUUCCACUGGACAUAAUAAAAGCAAGCGAGUACCUACAAGUAAGCUGCGUUUUUGAUAGCCUAGGAACGCAGACGUAUUUCCGGAUGUCGCUUCUCUCCUUCGAAACGUUAGAGAAGUAACAACCGUUUACGUCCUCAGGAUAAGUUCACGAUGAACUUACUAAGAAAAGUGCGUAAAUUUAAAAUUAAAGACACAUAAACAUGAUUCUGAAUAAAAUUGUAAGCAAAGAACAUCCGUAUUGAGGAAGAAACGGUUAAACUGUUAAGGGUGAAGUGAAUACAAUAUGAUGUUGAUGAUGAAAAUAAAGAUCUCCUACAUCACAAUUUUCCAAAAUUGACAGUGGUGGUAAAAAUUCCAACAUUUAAUACGACCUAAAAUAUCAGAAUUGGACAGGACAGUUCAUUUGAAGGAUAAGUCGUUUAAGAAACCUUUUAAAAAUGUGCGUGACAUUAUUACAUUUUUUGUCAGUGGAGUAAGAUUCUGUAAAAUUUGCAUGACAUUUUUUAAAAGUAGAGAACGAAAUUGGUGGAAUAGACAACAGGAUACUUAACUCAUUAACGAAAAUAUGUUGUGUCAUAGGUAGUAUCGUAUGGUCCGAUGGGUCAUUACAACUGCCACUUAGAUUCAGACUUCAUUAGAAAAAGCCCAUGUUGUCACUACCUUGGAAGCGAAUUAAGAAACUGUAGAGUUUGCAGGUAUUAAAAAUUUAGUAACUCUCACAGCAGUCCUGCCGGCCUGCUCAGCUGGCGGUUUUGUUGCUGCUCCUCUGCGGGCGCGCUCACCUAAAACACCGCAAGCUGCCCAGACUAACCGAAAGUAGUUUCGUAAUUGCUUUGGCUUCCUUUGCUUUGCACUGAGAACUACGUUUUUGUGAUUGGCUAAAAAAUCGCUUCCCACUUUCUUAACCAAUCAAGUGUGACACUUAAACCGUUUGCAAGUUGCCCCCACCAAUUUUUCCCGCGCUUAGCACCGGUGCAAGUAUUUGUUUCGGGAUCUGAUUGGGAACGGCUUGGAAACUAAAAUUUCGAGGACGUUUUUGGACUUUUUACAUUUAGGGCAUGAAUUUUUCGUCAUUUCAGGCCAUGGAACCUAAAAAUGAGCCUAGCUAGCUGUAAAAAGGGGCAAUACGGACGCAAUACGUCCUAGCCGGCAUGAUCGCAUGCUGUUUACUGAAAAUUCCCUCAUCCAUGUCAGGAAAUUCUGUAUUUUAAAACCUCCCCUAGGGCAUGACUCAGCAACUGAGGACAUUUCUGCUACGUUUUCAAUGUUGGUUAGCAUGCAAGGAUUUUUCCCAUGCCUAUCGUCAAUGAUUUGCUCACUGGUAAUAGAGGGGGUGGCCCCAGAGUGGUUUUGCAUUGAAAUUGGCAUGCAACAGAAUUUCGCAUGCCCUGUAAGCAUAAUUUGAGGUUNUUGAUGACGAGGUGGGUGCAGUUAUAAAAGAGCUUUGUAUCGAAUACCAUGUUUUACCUUUAGCACUAAGCAAUGAGCCGAUUCGCCAUCUUGUUAACAGAAAACUUCCGAACAGCACUAAGAAACGUUUGAGUCCACGGUAAAGGAGCAAGGAUUAGCAGAGUCAGUAAGUGCGCGCCGGCUUUCUGUAUGGAAAGUUCUGCGUUCGGUGUGACUUUAAAUCCCAGUUUCGACUUCUUUCCUUUCUACGUUGAAUUAAUAAAUGUUUUUAUGCUGUUGUAAUUUAGGUGUGGAUGAGUGACGCUGAAAAUGUUUGCAACUUAGCCAAGAAUUGCCACAAAGCAAAUGUGGUAGUUAAACCAGAGAAGGGCAAGGCCGUACUCUGGUACAACCACAAGGUCAACAACAUGACUGGUUGGAUGGGUCAGCUUGAUACGUUCUCUUUUCAUGGCGGCUGCGAUGUAAAACGUGGCACAAAAUGGAUCGCAAACAAUUGGAUUAGCCUUAGCGAGGAUAGAGAAAAAGAUAUUCUGAACUGGAUAGAGCUAGCUCAGGAAGAAGAAAACAGCAGGAAGCCUGCUAGUAGCUCAGAAGGUGACUCUAGCGAAGAAUCGUUACAUCAGGAACUUUGA